GUGGUCGGAAUCCGAAAUGGCCUCCAUGUCACCAAGUUGGACGCUCUAUUCAAGGACCAUGUUUACUGGACGGAUCGAGCCCGCCGACUUGCCCUGGACCGACCGACUGAUUGACCAUGCCGUGCUCCUUGUGAUCUUGAAAGAACGGAGAAGGUGAAGACUUCGCCAAUAUCGCCCUCUUUGCCCGCACUCCUGCGAAUGGAGGCCGGUUGGAAUGAUGGCAUCUUGGGCUGGAUGAAGGAGAAGAUUGUGUAGAAACAAAAAAAAAAAAAAGGAUCCUGGGAGAAACUGAAAUCUAUUGAAAAAAAAGUCUGGUGGCGGGUGUAAAGAGCGCAACUGUGGCGCCAUCAACCUUGAGGCAUGCUGAGGAGACUUUGGGUGGGGGAUAUGGGGCAGAUCAAGCAGAGAAUGCGCCAAGGAUCGCUUCCCUUUCAGUCCUUUGUCGCUUUACUGGGGUUUCUUUUGUGUGCUUUGAGUUUGACGGGAUUGACGACGGUGUUGUGUGUACUACGUUUUGUAUUGAGUGGGCUUCGAUGA